AUGCAGCUCACUCUCUUGGCAUCCCUCGCUGUUCUCUGCAGCGCUGCUUUCGCUGCCCCUCCUGUGGUCCGUGAUCGGUCUUUGGUUGGUGUCGUCGUCGACGUCGAGGAUGUCUUGAACAAUGCUACGGUCAAUGUUCUCACCAAGCGGGAUGAUGGCUUGGUUGACGUUGCCGUUGACGUCGAGAAUGUCUUGAACAAUGCUACGGUCAAUGUUCUCACCAAGAGGGAUGAUGGUUUGGUUGACGUUGCCGUUGACGUCGAGAAUGUCUUGAAUAAUGCUACGGUCAAUGUUCUCACCAAGCGGGACGAUAGUUUGGUUGACGUUGCCGUUGACGUCGAGAAUGUCUUGAAUAAUGCUACGGUCAAUGUUCUCACCAAGAGGGAUGAUGGUUUGGUCGACGUUGCCGUUGACGUCGAGAAUGUCUUGAAUAAUGCUACGGUCAAUGUUCUCACCAAGCGGGACGAUGGUUUGGUUGACGUUGACAUUGAUGUCGAAGACGUUUUGAAUGAUCUUACAGCCAAUGUUCUCACCAAGCGGGAUGAUGUCGACGUUUAA